AUGUUCGAACGCUCAUCACGAUACGGAAAUGUGGAUCGUAGGACAACUUGGGGAGCCACUUAUAAGCGAAUGUUUCGUUCCGUUUAUCCUCCGAAACCAUGGCAGCAGGUGGAAGACCGAGCAUUCAAGAAUGCCACCGAAUAUGACACAAUGCUAAUGCGUUCAGUCGAACCGCAGUCAAUCGCAGCAAGACCUUCUCCGCUAAGUGAGUUUCGAAGUUCGAAAAGGGUUUCAAUUGACGAAAGCGAAGCCAGAAGCUUGCUCAGCAAAAGGCCUUCUGAGAGUGGUUCCGCACAGCUACACAAUGCAGUAGAUGAUGAUGAUGUUCGCGAUUACAUCCAAGAUAUCAUGAAGCGUGAAUUUCGCGAUGAAUGCAAAAAUGUGACAAUCAGACAACUCAAUCAUCAUCCUGAGGCUGUUUUCAACAAGACACUGAAAAUCUCCGGUCCAGAAAAGGUGGUAGUUACUGAAUGUUAA